UCAAGAAGAAGGCGACAUGGAGGCGACAACUCUCUGCAUCGGACUGUUGAUGAACAUGUUGCUGUUGCCUGUUGCACAAUUACAGGACAGAUAUGAUGCUCAGGACGCUGCUGUGAUCCUGGAGGGUCCCACAUCUCCGGUGUUGGAGGGAGAUACGGUGACUCUGCUCUGCAGAAACCGGAUGCUGUUUUUCAACCUCACUGCGGAUUUCUACAAGGAUGGCAUCCUGAUCAACAGCAGCAACACAGGAAGCAUGGUCAUCGACAGCGUCUCUAAAUCUGACGAAGGCCUCUACAAGUGUAACAUCUCAGGAGCUGGAGAAUCGCAGGAGAGCUGGCUGGUUGUCAAAGUUGGUGUCGUGAUCCUAGAGAGUCCCAUCCACCCCGUGACGGAGGGAGAAUCUGUGACUCUUCGCUGCAGAAAAAGUAAAACUCGUGCAAAAUAUGUCGCGGAUUUCUACAGACGUGGCUUCCAUUUUGCAACCGGCUACAAUGGAGAGACGACCAUCGAGAGUGUCUCCAAGUCGGAUGAAGGACUCUACAAGUGCAAGUUCUCUGGAAUCGGUGAAUCUUCAGAAAACUGGCUGGAAGUCAAAGUUAUUCCUGUGGUCCUGGAGAGUCCUGACUUUCCCGUGAUGGAGGGGGAAGCUGUAACGCUGCACUGCAAGAACAAGGUCACCGCCAACGUCACUGCUGACUUCUAUAAAGAUGGACACUUCAUCGGGAGCAGCUCUACAGGGAACAUGAGCUUCCAGAGUUUUUCCAAAUCACAAGGACAAUACAAGUGUAACAUUCUUGGAGCUGGAGAAUCCCAAGAGAAGUGGCUCACUGUCAGAGAGUGUCCAGCCUCUUUGAGUCAAGCUCCAGUUCUCAUCUACCUCUUAUUAAAGACUGUUUUCACCAGUUUAUCUGCAACGCUGCUGCUGUUACUGUUGGGAAAAUAUCACCGUCGGAAACAUGGAGAUGACUAAUCUAGACGGACGUCGCAUCCAAAUAAAUCCAACAACAAAGACAGUAAUCAUGUGUAAGUUACAUCUUACACAGCAUGGACUGUCUUUAUAAACAUUCUAAGUUGUAUUUGUUUAGUAUCAAAUGGUAUUUUUAGCAGUGAUUGAUAAACUUACAGUAUUUUUUUGUUCAAGUUUUAUUUUUCGAUACGAGGACAAUUUCUGUAGAAAGAUUUGUGAUUUUAUUGUUAGACAUGAAAAACAUCUUUGAAUUCUGCUGAUGUCUGUGUAAAGAUGUUCUUGGGUGAUUUUAUUGCUGAAAGCUGUAAAUGAAGUUUUGCUGUGGCUGCUGUCUAGUGUGAGAAAACAUUUUCUGAAGGGUGAACGCAGCUCAGGUUCAGACUUUUUUUCAGCUCAGGUGUCUACAGAAUCAGGAUCCUCUCUGACCACAGAAAGCGUCUCUGAAACCCUGAGAAGAAAAACCACAGCGUCUUCCGUCUCUAUGAAAAGAAGUCGUGGUUGAUGUUCGGUCAGUCAAACCUGACGGACAGCUACUGAAACGCUGGGGUCCAAAAAUAAGUUGUACUGUUAAUAAGUCACAACAAAGUUAGUUAUGAGAAAUGACACAACGACAAAUGACCUAAUGAAUCCUAAAUUUAACAAGAAGUUUUACCAAACUUGGACCGCCCGGCGACACAGAUGACCCCUGUGACCUUGAAAAUGAGGUCACGGUCACCAAAUGCGAACUUGACCUGUGUCUUAUUAUGGUACAGCUGUGUACCAAAUAUGGUGAGGCUACAUCAAUAUUUUAUCGAGUUAUCGAGCGCAAACCAAAUUGUUACAAACACCGGAACAAGCAAGCAAGACCUCGCAGCUCAAAACAAUACCUUCGGGGAAAUGACGUUUGUCCGGGCGGUAACAGAAAGUUAAAUCUUCAUAUUGUUUCAACUGCAGUAUUUAGUGUUUUGCUUCUUUUGCAGUAUUCAUCACUGUGGUUCAGUUUAAAGUCCUGCACCUCUAUGGAAACAAAACCACCAGGAAGAUUCAGAGAGAAGUCAGACAUGUCUUCAGUGAAGACAUGUGAAAGUUACAAAGACGUUAAUCAUGAAAAAUAGGAAACUAAAGUUGAAGUUUCUUUGAUUACUUAUUUUACAAAGAUGAAAAAAACUGUAAUCAGUUUUCACAACAACAAAACUUGGGACUCCACAAACUUUCUGCAUUUUUUCAUUAAUGGCUUCAAGGUUGCAGCAAGAAAUACUGAUUUAUUUUUUUUUAACCAAUUCUGUUUAGAAUACAUAGUUUAUAUUUACCGAAUUUUCAAAUGAGACAUUAAAAAUAACGAACUUUUGAUUGAAAUGGAAGCUUUAAUGUGGUUAAGUGUUGUGACAGAACCAAAUGCCACAUGAGUAGUUCAAAGUUUUCUUGUUUCUGGCUCUGAUAAAUGGUCAUUUGGGUGAUGCAUUUCAGCGCAGAGUUUAAAGAUCAAGGGGGUAAAAGAAUAAUUACAAAUAAUCAAAACUUUCCAUUUCUAUCUGUAGUAAAUGCAAAUUUAUUUUAUAGGAAAAGCUGAUGACAUGCAGACAGGCACCAUGCUGUGAUUUCUUAUGUUGUACUGGUUAGUUGUUAGUCAGAGAUGGAACUUGGGACACAUUGGUUUGGUUUGGUUUCCGUUUCCACACAACAAAGAAAACUGAAAGAAGAAACGCCAACAAAAGCAGCACAACCAAUGAGCAUUCAGCUGCACUAAUGAAUCCUGGAACACAGCGGUGUCCAUUUAAAAUCUUUAAAAAGGACAGAAACAACAUUAAAGUUAGUCACACUUCAGAUGCUGUCCUCCUGGAUUCUACAGGUGAAGUUAUUGCUGUGUCUCUUCACAAUUAUAUUUUCUGAUUAUUUCUCAUUGUUGCUCUCUGUUGCCCCCUCCAGUCACAUUUUGUCUUUUUGUAUAUUUGUUGUUUUAUACAGUAAAUAUAUUCUCUUCCAGGUCCUGCCUGUUUUUGGUGUCUAAUACACUUUCUG